AUGACGGCCGCCCAGGGAAAGCUGGCCAUGAUCUAUGCGGGCCGCGCUAUUGCUGGUUUGGGAAUUGGUGCUUCCUCUCUGACCGUUCCGGUGUACAUAUCGGAGACAGCGCCACCUUCUAUCCGUGGGAGGCUGAUCGGUAUAUUCGAAAUCGCAAGUCAAGGAGGUGGUAUGUUGGGCUUCUGGAUCAACUAUGCAACGGAUAGAACCAUCGACGUCAACUCGCAAACGCAGUGGAUUAUCCCUCUGGCGCUCCAGCUGGUACCAGGCGUGCUCCUGUUCCUCGGCAUGAUGUGGUGUCCGGAAUCAGCUCGGUGGAAAGCCAGGGGUGACGAUUUUGAUGGAGCAGAGAAGAUCCUCUGCUAUGUUCGAAUGCUGCCGCCAACAGAUCCGUAUAUAAGACGCGAAAUGGGUGAGAUUCGCGAACAAGUUGAACUCCGAUCGACCAUGAAAAUGUCAAAGAAGGAUCAGUUCAAGAAGCUCUUCCAACGUGGCACGAGGAACCGUAUGGGCAUCGGACUAGCUCUCAUGUUCCUUCAGAGCUUCACUGGAGUCAACAUCAUCACUUACUACAGUCCUCGGAUCUUCGAAACACUCGGUGUCACCGGCACAUCGACGAAGCUCUUCUCAACCGGUUUCUACGGUAUUGCCAAGACUCUCGGCAUGUGUGCGUUCACCUUUAUCGUCGUUGAACGUGUCGGUCGUCGCAAGGGUCUUGUCUGGGGCGCCGCGCUUGGGUGCAUCCCCAUCUUCUACAUCGGCGGGUAUGUCAUGAAGGCGGACCCCGCUGCUGCUGCCGCUGCAGGCAAUGUGACGCGCAAUGGAUGGGGUUAUCUGGCAAUGGUCUGCGUGUAUGUAAACGCAUUCAUCAUCUGCGCAACUUGGCAAGGUAUCACCUGGACUUAUGCGUCGGAGAUCUUCCCUCUCGACAUCCGUAUGCUCUGUGUCGCCCUCACCACUGCGGACACUUGGCUAGGAUCGUUCAUCAUUGCACGCUCCACGCCUUACAUGAUCUCCGAUCUCGGAUACGGGGCAUACUUUUUCUUCGCUACCAUUCUCGUACUCAUGGGAAUCUGGUCAUUCUUCUUCGUGCCUGAGACCAAAGGAAUUACGCUCGAAGAAAUGGAUGCCCUGUUCAUGAAGCGAAUGCACAAGGCUGUCUGGGCACAGUUGCGGGGUCGACCCAUCGUCGAAGAUCGACCGUCUACUCCGUCGCUAGCGGACGAGAAGCUUGGUGCACAGUUCGAGCAGAUAGAGAAGAAGUCUCCUGAGCUAGAGGCGGACUCGAGCCGCGGUCCUGGGAAAAGACAGCGCUUCUGA